AUGCAGUCCCUUUUGGUGCUUGCCACGCUCCUCGGCUCGGCACUGGGCGGUGCUAUUCCUUCCCAGAGCGCAAACUACAAUGGAUACAAAGUCAUGCGUGUAUCCGGAGAUGACACUAGCAAGAUCUCUCACAUAGUCUCCAAGCUGGGCCUGGAGACUUGGAAGUUCCCUAAGGCCGCUAAUGCAAAUGUUGACAUUGUCAUUCCUCCUAAGAAGAUUGCCGAGUUUGAGAAGAUGUCCCACGCUGCCGGUCUCAAGAAGCAGGUCAUGCAUGAGAACCUAGGGAACUCUAUCAAGUCCGAGAUGUCAUUCCGCCCCUACACCUACGGUGGUGCCAAUGAUACUUGGUUCCAAUCGUACCACAAAUACGAGGACCACUUGAAGUUCAUGAAGGACUUCCAAAGUGCUCAUGCUGAGAAUGCUGAGAUUGUCACUUCUGGGAAAUCUCAUGAAGGCCGUGAUAUCACCGGUGUCCACGUCUGGGGAAGCGGUGAGAAAGGAUCCAAGCCAGCUGUUGUGUUCCACGGAACUGUCCAUGCUCGCGAGUGGAUCACUACCAUGACUGUUGAGUACAUCCUUGCCCAGCUCUUUGAGGACAAAGAAGCUGGAGCUGCUCUUCUUGAGAAAUUUGACUUCUACAUCUUCCCAAUCGCUAACCCUGACGGCUUUGUUUUCACCACCGAGAGCGACCGCAUGUGGCGCAAGAACCGUGAGCAGAACGAGAAAGGCUGCUACGGCACUGAUCUCAACCGUAACUGGCCCUACAAGUGGGAAGGAGAUGGCUCUACCACCGAUCCAUGCUCUGAAACUUACCGAGGACCUUCCCCCGGCUCUGCUCCCGAGACCAAGGCUAGCACCAGCUUCAUCAAAAGCCUUGCCGAUGGCGCUGGCGUCAAGAUGUUUGUCGACUGGCACUCAUACUCUCAGCUCUUCAUGACCCCAUACGGAUACAGUUGCUCUGCUCGUGCACCAAACGACGAUGUCCUCCAGGAAAUGGCAAGCUCCUUUGCCGAUGCUGUCAAAGCUGUCCAUGGAACCAGCUUCACCACUGGACCCAUCUGCAGCACCAUCUACCAAGCCAACGGUAACUCUGUCGACUGGGUUCUCGAUGAGAUCAAGGGUGAGACUGCCUUCGCUGCCGAACUGCGUGACACUGGUAUGUACGGCUUCGUCCUACCCCCAGACCAGAUCAUCCCAAGUGGUGAGGAAACCUGGGCGGGUGUCAAGGCUAUGUUCAGCAAGCUAAAGUAA